AGUUUUUUUGAAAGGUGGUGUGGUGGAAGUGGACGCCAUUGAAAGAUAUGAGAAUCGUAAGGAGCUUAGAAUUGCAGAGUCCAAAAAAUCGUAAUCAGAAUCGUAAUCGUAAUCGUAUUCCCAAUCAUUGAGGAAGGGAGCUUCCAAAUCCGAAUUCGAAUGGCGAACCAGUCAUCUUCAUCUUCGUGCCCUAUCCUCUGCGCUUCUUUCAACCAGGACCACACUUGCUUCGCAAUUGGCACCAGAGAUGGAUUCAGAAUAUUUGAUACCAAUUCAGGAAGGCUCUGCUACCAAAGAUUUGUUGGAGGUUUUGUUAUUGUUGAGAUGUUGUUCAGCUCAAGUCUUCUUGCUAUUGUUGGAGCUGGUGAUAAGCCAUCUCUGUCCCCACGCCGUCUCUGUUUAUUUAAUACAACCACUUCUGCUGCUCUUAGGGAAUUGAACUUUCUAACUUCAAUACUUGCUGUUCGCAUGAAUAGACAAAGACUCGUUGUCAUUUUACAAGACAAAGCUUAUAUAUAUGAAUUAAAUAGCCUCAAAAUCUUGGAGACUAUUGACACAGUGCCAAACAUUAAAGGGAUAUGCGCAUUUUCCACUUCUUUGGAUGCUUGCUAUUUGGCUCUUCCUGCUAGCACCACCAAAGGAUCUGCAUUGUUGUAUAAUGUCAUGGAUCGUCACUUACACUGUGAGAUUGAGGCUCAUCGUUCACCACUGGUUGCAAUGAUUCUUUCAUCAAAUGGAAUGUAUAUAGCCACAGCUUCCGAGCAAGGAACCAUAAUCAGAGUUCAUUUGGUUUCAGAUGCAACAAAGUCAUAUAGCUUUCGAAGGGGGUCUUAUCCAUCGACUAUUUAUUCUUUGUCAUUUGGGCCGUCAAAGCAGCUUCCGGAUAUUCUUGCAGCCUCGAGUUCUUCUGGUUCUGUUCAUGUUUUUACUCUUGCACAUGCUUCACAACCAAGACUCAAGAGAUCGAGUAGUAUUCUUGGAUCAAUUAUUCCUGAUGCUGUAAGCGAUGUGCUCGAUCCUGCUUUUCAUCAUGUACUUCAUAAUGUUGUUCCUGCAGGGAUCAAAAGUUAUGCUGUAAUUCGCAAGGUUGAUAAUGUCACUGACUCCUCAACAUCUGAACUUUUAGCUUGUAGGGCCAUUAUGUCUGUAAUAACAUAUAACGGUCAGUUCAAGGAAUACAACUUAAGCGUUGAUGCCCACAAUGAUCUAACUUGGUCUCUGGGACGUGAAUUCAAUCUUUUGACAGUGACUCUGGACAAGGCUGUCAUUUCAUGAGUGGCAAAUAGUGGAUGCAUGUUAGCAUCAUACAGUUAGAAAAAUAACUUGAACUACCCUUGCCGCUCUUUUUCUAUCCAAGGAAACAGUCUACAUUUGCUGACAUGACUGUGUUAUAACAUAUAUGGAGGAAUUAACGUUGUAAAUUUGUUCUAUUUUUCCUCCCAAAAAAUGUAUAUUCUCAUUUUUCUGAGAUACAACUCGGUCGCAGCUGAUGAUAUGUUGUAUUUAUGCAGUAUAGAACUAUUUAUAAUAAAGAAUUUUACUGGUCUCAA